GUGGUGGCUGCUUUUGCUUGCAUCCAAUCCCUACCGACCGGUAUACCUACUCCGUACUCCGUACCUAUUUUCCUUCCCCAGAGCGCCGCCUUACAUCCCUCCCUCCCUCUUGGUCGCUACAAUCGGUAUUCCCAUUGGUGAUCGGUCGCUCCCCGUGCCGACGUCGCUUGACACAGGUGCCUCCAUCACGUUCUCUUCUACAUUCCGCCUUGGAUUCCUUCCCUUUCUUUGUUUUCAUUCUGCCCCGAGCCUUAGCACAACAAUCGCAGCAGCCGUCGCCAUUCCUUAUCAUCUGCCACGGGCGAAAUCCUCCGAUCCCCCAGAUAUCCGUCCUUGAUCCCCAUCGAUGGCCUUCGUGUCGCAGGCUCGCAGUACCUCGAAUGCAUAGUGACAAGCUCCAUCGCUUUGGUCCGCCCCCGAUCUCCCCCUUGUGUCAACAAUUGCAGAGUCCGGUCUCCCGACAACGCAUCCCCUUAUGAACGCUCACUCAGGGACUAUGUCACCUGUCUCCGUGGACGGGAGUGACUGGUCCGGCAUCAAUCAGUACCAGAAGUCGGAUCCCCCCUUCUCCCCGACCUUCUCGACUCGCAGCAACCUUGCUACACCCCCGACCUCAGGCGUCCCUAGCGGAUCUAGCGGCGCAGGACUUCCAACCGGUGCUGCUGGCCCGGUCAGCGAUUCAGGGAACCCUUCCCCCCCGAGUUCGGUGGCUGCGCGAUCUAGUGAUGGAACAUUGGGCGAUCAACGCAGCAAGCGACAGAAGCGGAUUGAGGAGGUCCUAGGUCAACACUAUGUUGCCCUUCGGAGAUUCCUCCAUGCGUCGUAUCGCGACGACAAAGGGAAUAAUAAGUCCAAUAAAGCCCGGGACAAACUAUUGCGGCUCUCCUCGACUCAAUUUCACGAACUGAGUACCGAUGUGUAUGAUGAAUUACUGCGCCGACAGCAAGCCAUGCCAUCUUCGAAUCGACCGCCUCGCCCCGACGUCCCUCCGUUCCUCCCGCCGCGAAAGGACUUCCAUGAAAAGCGCAACCAGGCGCGCCAGAAGCUUGCUUCGCUCCAGCACCAGCGGUUCCGGGAUCUGGCGACAGAUGUCUACACUGAGCUGGAGCGACGGUUUCCCCACUUCCCCUCUAGGGAGUCUCGCCGAUUGAGUCCGGCCCCCAGUUAUCGCGGACGACCAUCUAACGGGUACCCACCGAAUGGGUACCCUCCGACUCCAGGAGGUCCGCGUUCGCAGUCUCGUGGACCCCCAUCUCGGAUGGGUUACCACCCGUCUGGUGGCUCUCCAGCUAGUCCGAUGUAUCCCCCACGUCAAGGCUCUCUCGGUGGGCCACCGCCAGGCAUGAACGGGGAUGGUGGUCCAAUGGCUAAAUCCUUCCAUAGCAACACUAUCGUUCCAAACAAGAGUACUAUGGUCGAGGAUGAUGAUGAUGCCGCUGGCACGGAGGACGAUUAUGAUGCGCGGAGUGACGCAUUCGCUCUGGAUGCGGUUCUGCAAAGUAGACGAGGGACUGGAGCGACUCUGGCGGACGCGGACAGGAAAGCCUUGGCGGAGACACAAUCACAGGUGUCCGUUCUACAGGAUAAGGUGAACAAACUCGAGGACCUACUCAAAUCCAAAGAUGAGGAGAUAUCCAAGUAUCAGGAAGAUCAGAAUAAGGUUGAGGCGUUGGAGGAAUUGGUUAAAUCCAAGGAAGAGGAACUCCUCAAGUACCAGGAAGAUCAGGACAAGUCAGAGGUCAGCAGCGCAGAGCGCCAAGAAUGGGAGGCUCUAAAGUCGGACCUGGAGAGCAAAAUCUCUCAGGCAGAAGAUCUGAACAGCUCUCUGCAGCAUGAAUUAGACAAAGUUCGGGCCGACCAUGAAGCUGUAGAGAUGGACCUUCGAAACCAGCUUGGUGAAGUGUCGCGGCAAAGUACUGGAGAUCCGGAGCUCGAGGCCCGCUUUGCUGAACUUGAGAUCAAGCACCAGGCUCUGCAGACUGAGCUUCAAGAACAGCAACAAGUGACGGAAGAGGUCAGGCACGAGGCUGCGGGCUUCCUGAGGGAGAUGAGGGCGUUGUCGGAGCAAAGCCAGUCCCGCUGGGAGCACGAGGAGCAACUGACCACCGAGGUUCAUAAAUUAGAGGACCAAGUCAAGCAGUGGAAGACUCGGUAUGAGAAGGCAAAGGCUCAGCUACAGCACCUCCGCACAUCCUCCAUUGGUACAGCGGAAAUCCGGCCCGAUACCUUCAGUAUCUCGAAGGAUCGUGAAUUCUUCCAUGAGGAUGGCUUGGUCAAGGAUGUCCAUGUCGCCAAGUUUCAAGUCGCCAUUGACGAAUUGCUACACAUUGCGCGCAACGAUGACUACCACAUCGUCACACGGCAAAUUAAUGCUGUUGUGAUCGCGGUACGGCAUGUGCUGCAUGACGUUCAAGAAUGUCAGGAUCCCAGCGACGGGUUGUCAGCGCUGCGUACCAAGGCUAUAAGCAAACUGUCUGCCACCGCGAACAACUUGAUCACUGCAGCCAAGAAUUUCGUGUCCUCAAAUGGGCUCUCGCCGGUCUCCCUUUUGGACGCUGCUGCUUCUCAUUUGUCAACGGCUGUCAUCGAACUCAUCCGCCUGGUGAAGAUCCGGUCCACUCCGGCAGAGGAUCCCCAUGAUGACGAUGACGAUGCGCAGUUUACUCAGAUGAAGUCUCCCGAUUACUUCAGCGUGGCCCCUAGCCAAAGCCGGCACAGCCGCAAUGACUCUGUCUACAGUGCUAUGAGUCCUCCGCCUGAUGCUCCCAAUGGUGUACCAGCAGCAAUGCAGAGUUAUCCCUCGCAAUCAGAAACUCACGAGCUUCAGGAGAUGAAGCUGUACGUUGAGGAUCAGACGAAUGGCCUCGUUCAAUCAAUCCAGGCCCUCAUCGACAGUAUCCGAGCCGAUCGUGGGCUAACCACGAUAAACACCCACGUUUCUGCUAUCUGUUCCGUGGUGACGAAUGUCACUUCCUCAACCCAACACUUUGUCAAAAGACCCGAGUCCAACCCAGCUCUCCGGCAACGCAUCGACCCGAUCAUCGAGAUGCUGGAAUAUCACAAGCACCGCCUUAUGGGAGCAGCAGCCGAGGGAGACACCUCUAACAGCCCUGAACAGCUUCGCGAUGUUACCAACAAGCUGCCACCUAUCGCUUUCGAAAUCCCUCGGGUGACAAAGGAGCUUGCUCACCAAUUGAAUCCCGCUAAUUUCGAAGAGGACGACGAUUUCCGAUAGUCCGCCCGCCUCACGGCAUCAUGAUGAUUUCUUUCGUUCUAGCUUCUUCACCAUCGGCCUGAGAGUCGCUCAGGCGUUUUCUCCUUACUUUUAUACCUUCUAGCACACUGAUUUGGCACAAUGAUACCGACCGAACUGCUGGAUUUUGCAAUCUCGCUUUCUUACUUUUGCAGUUAUCACGCAUGACAACGAGUAACCAUGUGGAA